CCCUGUUAUCGGACUGUGCUAGCGGACGACUGACAGGCGGGAAGAAUUCCGAACAUACGUUUCGUGCAUGUGCGAUAAUCGAUUUCGAACUUCCCUCAUCGUCAGUUUGCGGUUCGACGCCGGCUUUUGAUAUUAAUCUCUCAAGUCUUUAAUUAAAUGUGCCGUAUUAAUUAAAUAACUUGACACAGGAACUACCAUGCAUUUUGAGCGUCUCACCUAAACGGAACCAAAUACAUAGUUCCCUGUUCAGAAGGCGAAAGUGCGACAUACGGAGCCAGUGCAGUGAUCGGAAGGGAAUUAAUGAAAACAUGUUUUACUAAAAUCCAAAUUGUAACAAAUUUGAAAAUGGAAGAGUUGUACAAUUCGCCUCUGUCUUCCCCCUUGCCUGGGGCACCGAGGAGAAAAUUAAUUGACGUGUGUGGUAAUGCCAGCAAAGGACGAAACUUAAUUCAUUCCAUGUCUGAAAGCGAUGAGGAGGAGACAGUCAAAAUCAUAGAAAUUCCAUUAUCCAACCACUCGAAUGACUCGCAUCAACUGCAGACCAACUCCACAAAAAUUUUGAAACCAACGAAUUCAUCUAUGUCAAUAAUAAAAUCAACAAACAAAAAAAAGAAACUGUCUCAUGAGAAAAAGAUGAAAGAAAGCUCAGAAAAAAAAGCUGUAUUACAAGAAGUUGAGAAGCGAAUUAAGCCUGGUGAAUGUUCCAAGUUUAUUACAACGAUUAUGAGUGAAGAUCUCUUUAACUAUAAUUGGGGGGAAAAGGCUUAUGAAAUAUUACAGGCAGUCCCCAGUUAUAAAUUGAGGGUUGGUGAUAUGAUAUUCAAUGAAGCCGGAAUUUCUUGGGAACGAGCAAUUCCUGGUACUCAUGAUGGGAAAGAAAACGUAGAUCACUGUCUUAUUUGCUGGCCUUGUGAACGGUUUAUAGGUUCAAUUAAAGAACAAACAUUACUUAGUACAUUCUUGAGAUAUAAAACGGUGUUUUCCCAACUCAGAAUUUACCUUGCAGUGUUCUCUCUGGAUGAAUAUGUAAAGACAAUAAGUGAAGCAAAUAAUAAAUCUAAAGAUGAUGAUGGGUCAACAUUGCGAAGAAAACAAAAAUUAAAUUUUGAUAUUAACAGAAAAAUGAUUCAGAGGGCAAUGGUUGAAAUGGAAUUGAAAACAGGUAUAUCAGUGAUUAAUGUUAAUAACUAUUAUGAUUUGGUCAGUUUGAUACAACAGUUAACCAAGAUAAUUUCUGAACUUCCAUACAGGAUGAUUACUAACAAAGUUGAAGACAAAAUCAAGUGGCAUGUGAGGGGGGAGUCAAAGGAUUGUGUUAGAGUUGAUAAGGACCUUAAUGGUCUCCAACAACUCUGGGUGCAACAACUCAGCCAAUUUAACCUUACCAACUUGGACACAGCAAAAUCAAUAGCUGAAGUUUAUCCCUCUCCAUACUCAUUAUUUGAUGCCUAUAACUCAGUCAGUUCCGAAUUGAGCAAAGAACUUCUUCUUCAAGAUAUUUAUGUUAAGAAAAGGCAAAAUGCAGUUGGUAAGAGUCGUGUUGGUCCCGAAUUAAGUAAAAAGCUUUAUGCAAUGUUCAAUGAAGAAGAUGGAAUGUUGUAGCAAGAAUUGAACCUAAAUGACAAGACUUUAUUUUUAUAUUAUCUCUAAAUAGGAUUGAGUUCACUGUAGGAUUUAGCUUAUUAUCUUUUGAUGGUCAACAUGUUUUUUGAAGUGUAAAUAUUUCCAUUUAUUGAUUAAAAUAUUUAUUGUAUGAUUCAGGUCAUUUUGGAAUACCUGUAAUUCUAUAUUGUUGAUUAUUGGUUUAGGAGUUGGCCAGACAAAAAGAAAUAGUGCUUUAGAACAUUGUAAUUAUCAUUGUUUUGGCUGUUUUUGAGUGCGUGAUAAGAGGAAUCAUGAAUUUGUAGUUCCAGUCACAAGUGUUGCUCGAAUUUAGACAAUUGCGGCUGCAACUACAAAUUAGAAUACAAAACAUAGACAAAAUCCAGUGAAGUGUUUAUUCCUCAUUUGGCACAACAAUGUCAUAAAGAAAAUGGAAAUAAAGAAUAUCACUAUAAUACA